GUAGUAUUACUUUAUGUUCUGAGAGUGGAACUAACGUGAAUUGAUUGUCAUGUCAUUCAACUGUUCUAUCAAUAUUUUGUUAUGGUAAUAACAUGUUAUGUUAUGGUUUUUCUAUUAUGUACAAUAGGUUUUUAAAAUUAUAAGGAAAAACUGUUUCCAUCUUAGUGUCAUAAUAUAAGAAUUAAUAAGACUAAAAUGGAAGUUCAUAUAGAGACAGCGGUAAGAGUUUGUCCUUUGGAAUUUAAUAAUGGAGAAGGUAUUUGCGUACAAACUAAUCCCAUUAACAAUACAGUCCAGCUCAAUAAUCAAGUUUAUCCAGUGAAUUAUGCUCUGCCAGCUAAUGCUUGCCAAAGUACAGUAUUCUCCACAGCAGUUAUGCCUAUGGUAAAUCUUUUAUUGGAAGGUUGUGAUGUUUCCAUAGUAACUUUGGGACAAUCCAGAUCUGGUAAAAGCUAUACACUUUUUGGUCCCGGUUUUCACUUUGCAGCUAGUGAGUCAGAGCACGGUAUAAUACCAAGGUUUAUUAGAGAGGUAUUUACUAAAGUUGGGCAGUAUAGAGAUAGGAGCUAUUCUAUGCAUAUAACCUGGUCCCAAAUAUUAGGGGAAACAGUACAAGAUUUAAUAGGAGGAUGUAGUGUUGAGUGUAUGGGAAUUUUAGACGCAUUUAGGCAUAUCCAAAUGGGCUUAUCAAAUUUAACACCCAAAGGAGCACAUUCAUUAUUUACUUUGACUCUAGAACAGCAGUGGAUGAUAGAUUCAACUGUACAGCAUAGGAUUUCUACAGCUAGCUUUGCAGAUUUAUCUGGAAGUGAAAAAGUGGUGGUAUGUGAUAUUAAUGGUUUCAUACAGACAUUACCAAUAGAUUCUGGGUUAAGAACUCUCCAGCAGUGCAUUGUAUCUCUUUCAGAACCUUAUGCCAAUCAAUAUAAUAUUGAUCAGCUACCAUUUAAUCAAUCAGUAUUGACCACAUUAUUAAGAGAUUCUUUUGGUGGUCGUGCAAAAACAUUAGUAAUAUGUUGUGUAUCGCCUUUAAUUCAAGAUUUCACAGAAACUCUCUAUUCCUUGCAAUUAGCAUUAAGGUGUAGAUUGAUAAAAAAUAUUGUUACUGUCAAUUCUUACGUAACUUAUGAAACAAUCCAGGAUAGUUUAGAUGUUUUUGGAUUGCAAUUUGCUGCUAAUCAAUUAUUCAAAUUGGUCACAAAUGCUGAAGAGUUAUUUCAAAAAUUGGUUUUGAAUGGAGGUCUAAAUCAGGCUGAAAUUGAACAAAUAAGUCAAUGGUUGACUUUAAAGCAAGAAUGUGAAGAAUGUUUGAGUGAAAAUUCUGAACCUCAUAGAUCCUUAGAGAGAAUUGAGGAAGAAAUUGAAGACAGUUCUGAAAGUGAUAGUGAAAGUGUUUUGGAGGAAGAGGAGUCACAAACUUUAUUGGAGAAAUUAGAUGGACUUAUGGAAAAUUUUGAAAUGGCCACCAAUUAUUUAAUUUCUAACUGCAAUAAUUUAGAUAAUAAUAGUUCAGAUGAUUCUAAAGAUACACCCAACAGUUCCAGUAAUACUUAUCAUUCCAAAGGAGCAAGAUGUAGAAGAGCUAGUGUUCAUUCUGUGGAUCUAUGGAGUGUCGCAAAUUCUGUAAACCUUCCAGAGGAAGAGCCAAUAGUAGAAAAUGAGCAAAAAUCCAAUACACUUACAUGCGAAGGCAAGAAAAAAGUAUUAAAACAAAUCAAUGCUGCCAUCCAAGGCUAUCAAAAACAAAUUAGUGACUUAGAACAGACAAUCAAAGUGAAACAAAAUCUUAGACAACAAUUACUACAACACAAAGAUACUCAAUCUAAUGCACUUGUAAAAAUUGAACAGAAAUAUCAAAAAAUGAAGACUGAAUUUGAAAACAUAGAAACAAAAAUGAUGCAAGCCCAAAGUCAAAAAAAUCAUUAUUUAGAGGAACAAUAUAAGAUGGAAUUAGAACAUUUAGAAACCAAGUUAGGGAAUAUUAAGUGUUUAAAAGAUCAUAUUACUGAGGAUGGUAAAAAGUUGGUGGAGUUGAAAAAUAGUCUUGAUACUUCAAAAAAACAGUUGGAGAAAUUAAAAAAAUACAAAAAGAAAGAAGAAAAACGGAGACAAAACUACGAAGCGCAAAUUAAACGGGAAUCAAGUAGAAUGAGUAAAUCCAAAGAUAGUUCUAGCAGUGAAAAGAAGAGUGGUGAAAAUUUGCAGGACAUGCAACUUGUCAUUUGCUCAAAUAAAUUCAAUACAGGUGUAAGAGAUCUUGCAACCCCCAUAUCUAGUGAAGAACUGGAAUGUUUACGUCACGAAAUACGUAAUUUGAGAAAAACGAGAGACUUUUUGUUGGAACAGAAGCUCAAAAUGGACAUAAAAUCGCAGAAUAAAAAAAUAAUUAAUGAAUUUGAAGAGAGAAAACUGUAUCAAUACGAAGAAGCAAUCGAAGCAAUAGAUUUGGCUAUCGAAUAUAAAAACGAAAUAAUCUGUGGUAAUAUUCCGGUUAUUGAAAGAUCUUUAGAAAGAGUCGAGGAACAAGGUGAUAAAUUACUUAUGGAUAGGUUGAUGAAAUUAAGCGAACAUGAAAUGAGAGUACUGCUCCACAAAUAUUUUCAAAAGGUUGUAGAUUUAAGAAGUAGCAGCAAGAAACUAGAAGUGCAAGUGCAGGAAUACGAAAAUCAAAACGAAAAUCUUGUGUGCCGCUUACAAAAUUUAAGUUAUACACUUCAACAGGUCCGAUUGGAAGGAGAACGAAAAAUGGUUUUAAUGCAACAACAGCAUGAAGAUAAAAUCCAUUUAGUAUUAAGACACCUUGCGAAUGAUAGUACACCAGAUUCAGACCAAAUGAUACCGAGAGUAAUUGGAAAUAAAUUGAUACCUAGAUCAGUUGGUAACAGUAGCAAGCAGGUUGGGAAAAGUAGUAGCUUAAUAACGCGAAUUACGAGCAUUGCUAGACAUGAAAUUGUGCCUAGACAACUGCAAUCAGUAAUUCCAGCACCACAAGCUAAAAUUACUAGACAGAAAAAUAAAUUAAUUAUACAGCAAACGAAGAAGUAAUCGAACUAAUUGGACCCAUACUUGAAUUAUGCUCAAUAAUGUUUUUCAAGGUACAUUUUACAGUAGAUUGUACCUGAUAUAACAGAAUCAGUAUUAUUUGUAUGACAUUUCUAGAAUGGUAGUACUGAUAUUUGAAAAAAUAUCCUUUUUUUUUCAAUAUGUUGAUUGUGAACUGCUGUAAAUUUUGCAGUUAUAAAAACUGGUCCUACAAAUUAAGACCUUAUGACAACAUGGAUACAUGCGACAAAAUUAAGUUUUCAAGUAAAUGAACUUUGUAACAAUGUCACUAAUGUUGUUUAUAAAAUUUCGUUAAUAUACGUCUUAUAUAUUAAA